GUCCCUUUUCCAGAGGUCACAGUCUGGAAAAGACUUCGGCUUUCUUGCCACUUCAUGGAGAUUCUGGUCGGGGAAUCGCCCGGGCUUAGCAUUUGAAGAGAAACCAAACAAACUGCCGCCUCGUCGCCACUACAGCACAUUUCCGGUUUCCACCACACAUUUCCGCUCGCCGGUUCCGGCCCCUCCCCUCACUUCCGGUCUCCUUAGGUUCCGCUGCGGCCGGCUUUUGCGUCCGCUGUGGCUGGUUCCGCCGCGCUCCAGGUGUUUUCUUCUGACAGAAAGCUACCAUUUCAUAUGCUUGGAGAAUGGCACUCCCCAUCAUUGUGAAAUGGGGUGGACAGGAGUACUCGGUGACCACGCUUUCAGAAGAUGAUACUGUGCUGGAUCUCAAGCAGUUCCUCAAGACCCUUACAGGAGUGCUCCCAGAGCGCCAGAAAUUACUGGGGCUCAAAGUUAAAGGCAAACCUGCAGAAAAUGAUGUUAAGCUUGGAGCUCUCAAACUGAAACCAAAUACUAAAAUCAUGAUGAUGGGAACUCGUGAGGAGAGCUUGGAAGAUGUCUUGUGUCCUCCCCCUGACAAUGAUGAUGUCAUCAACGACUUUGACAUUGAAGAUGAAAUAGUUGAAGUAGAAAAUAGGGAAGAAAACUUACUGAAGAUCUCUCGCAGAGUCAAGGAAUACAAAGUGGAAGUGUUGAACCCUCCCAGGGAAGGGAAAAAGCUUCUGGUGCUGGAUGUCGAUUAUACAUUAUUUGAUCAUAGGUCUUGUGCAGAGACGGGGGUAGAGUUAAUGAGACCAUAUCUUCAUGAAUUUCUAACAUCUGCAUAUGAAGAUUAUGACAUUGUUAUUUGGUCUGCAACAAAUAUGAAGUGGAUUGAAGCUAAAAUGAAAGAACUGGGGGUCAGCACGAAUGCCAAUUAUAAGAUUACCUUCAUGCUGGACAGUGCUGCUAUGAUAACCGUGCACACUCCAAGGAGAGGGCUCAUCGAUGUGAAGCCUCUUGGUGUCAUUUGGGGGAAGUUUUCUGAGUUCUACAGCAAAAAAAACACCAUUAUGUUUGAUGACAUAGGAAGAAAUUUUUUAAUGAAUCCACAGAAUGGACUGAAGAUAAGGCCUUUCAUGAAAGCACAUCUGAAUCGAGAUAAAGACAAAGAGCUUGUGAAACUCACUCAGUAUCUCAAGGAGAUAGCCAAGCUUGAUGACUUCCUGGAGCUGAAUCAUAAGUACUGGGAAAGGUAUCUAUCAAAGAAGCAAGGACAGUAGUUACCAGUUACACUCACAGUUGAAGAUCCUUGAGAUCCAUGGACCUUUGUUUCUUUGCUAGGCAUAACCAUGAUUGUGCUGGACACUGGAGAAUAUGCCAGGCUGCCUAGCUGUGGUCUUCCAAUGCUUUGUAAAUUUAAUUUUGUAUUUUUUUGAAGAUAAUAACAAAGUGCUAAAAAAAAGUUCUUUUCCCUCUAUGUUAAUUUACUCUUGAAGAAAAUGUUCUCUGGCAUUGAUUAUUGAGGUGUUUUUCCUAGCCCUCUAAAAAAUGGAAAACAAAAGAAAAUUGAAGGUAGAAAAAAUAUAUUCACCAGUGUCAUCCUGUGACUUUGAAACAAGUUUUGUCGUAUACUUUUGUCUCCUUGUAUAAUCAGCUGCCUGAGUCUGAGACCAAACCUAUCUUGCAACUAGCUAGUGCUUUCCCUCUUUAAACCAAAAGCAAAACCAAAAAGCCCAAACAAGCUUUUAAAUAAUAACAAGUUUGUUGUGCUGAAAACUCCCUAGAGUUGUUGUUCUUGUCACAGAGUUCCUCUUCUACAAUCUGUCAGGAAGAUCUCGAAGCCGGAGUUGUGAGUGUUCUUUAAGAAUGAAGGACAUCUGCAUGAAAAGGCUAUGCCCUAGAUGGCAUGGUAGCAAGCAGACUGAAAUAACACUACAGGACAAGAGUAGACUUCUUUUUGGUGGCUAAGUAGAAGCACUUCUGCCUAAGAACUUAGUCAUGAGCAGUUUACCGCAGUAGUGAAAAGGCACAUUCACCAACUCCAACUCUACUCCGAAGCAUGGAUAGCAUUUCUGCCUACUCCAGCUGUGUGUCAUUGCUAACUACUAACACCGUUGCAGCAAACAUAUCUAGCCAUAAGAUUAAAAAUACCUGUUACUUGCAAUGCUUAAGCCUGCAGAUAUGUAAUGUGACCACUGUUUUGUGUUGACAGUAUUGCUUUAUACAGUUCUUGUAUUUGAAGGGAUUGCUCCUUUUAAAUGAACAUGGUGUACAUUGUUCUUAUGGGACUAUUUCAGUGGUGUAAAUAAUAAAUAUCUUUUCUUAAAA